AUGUAAUUCACAGCCCCAAUUGAGAAAAGAUAAGUCUUUUAGCCAUCUCAAUAGAUGAUGCCUUUGAUGCAUAGAAAAGAAAACAUUUUUUCUCCUUUAAGAAUAAGUCCAUCAACUUAAUAACAUUUUAGUCCUUCAUAACAUUAAUUUUCGAAAGGAAAUGAGAAUUAAUAAAUAAGAUAAAAUACAAAUGAUUCAGAGAAAGAAAUAAAAAUAUUAAUAUAGCACAAUUAAAAAAUGAAAGAUCAGAUUAAUUAAUAAGCAUUCGAUUAUGAGAAUCUUAAACACAGCUAUGAUAAAAUGUAUUAAGAUCAAUUACGAUUGAUAAAUGAAUUAGAAUAGAUAUCCAAAGUAUCUGAAUAAUAAUUAAAAGAAAUUAAAAUAAAAUAAGAAGUAAUCAAAGAUUUGUAACAUCAAUUGGAAUCAUAAUGUCAUACUUAAAAUAAAAAUCAUGAUGAAACUUAAUUCCUCAGAUAGUAAUUAUAAAUAAAAGACUAAGAGAUUUUUAAAUUCAAAGCAAUUUUGGAAGAAAAGAAUUUGGAGAAUUAAGAAAUAAGAAAUACUUUAAAUACAAUUAAUUAGAAGGUUUAAUUUAUGACUUAACAAAAAGAUCAAUAAUAUUAGAUUAUAGAUAAAUUUAAUAAAGAGUUAUAAGAUGAAAUAACACAUAAGACUUAAUAAAUACAUGCAACUAGUCAAAAUUUAAGUUAAUCAUAAUAAUAAGUUACAUAAUUAAAAUUUGAGGUUGAUUCAUUAAAACUUAAAAUGUAAUCAUAAUAAUAAUUGAUGCCAUUGUAACAAUUAUAAUAGAGAUAUGUAAUUCUUUGUAUGGAAAAUGAUAGAUUACAUAGUGUGAUACAAAAGGAGUAUGAAUUAAAGAAAUAGUUAGAAUAAUAGUAAAUAAAAUAUGAAUAGGAGACAGAUUAAUUAAAGAAUGAAUUGAAAUAGAUUUCUGAAGAGUUUUCUCGUUUAUAAUAGGGUUUAAUUUAUGAAUAAAAGAAUAUGUAUUUGAUAGAGAAUUUGAAGAAUUAAUUAAAUUAUUAUAUUGAUGAAAAUGCAAGAUUAAAUGUCAUUAUAAGAUAAUAAUCAAGAAUUUGA